AUGCUUCACUCUUCACUUCGCUCCAUAGUGGCUGGAGUCCUCGCUGCCACUUCAGCUGUCUACGCUCUCCCACAAUCAACAGGAUCUGGAUCAGGAUCUAGUUCUUCAACAGCAUGCAACAACUCUCCCGAUCUUUGCGACCGCAACUACAACAACAUCACACACAUGGGCGCUCACGGAAGCUCCUUUCUAACAGACGGCAACAGUGGCCUCACAGCCGCAGGAAACCAAAACUUCAACGCCACAGAUGCCCUCGAUGCUGGUCUUCGUUUUCUCCAGGCUCAAGUCCACAAGGAAAACAACGCUCUUCACCUAUGUCACACCUCGUGUGAUAUUCUCGACGCUGGGACGCUUCAGGAUUGGUUGAGCAAGAUUAAUGUCUGGAUGAAGGCCAACGCCAACGCCAACGAGGUCGUUACCAUUCUGCUUGUCAACUCUGACGAUGCCACCGCCGAUGAGUUUGGAAAGGUCAUCAACGGUUCCGGUAUUGCCGAAUUGGCUUAUGCGCAAUCCAGCCAGAACGCUACCACCGAGUGGCCAACUCUCAAGUCCAUGAUUGAUGCCAAGACGCGCCUGGUUACAUUUGUUACCAACAUCGACGCUUCGAUCCAGUACCCCUACUUGAUGCCCGAGUUCAACUACAUCUUCGAGACAGCCUUUGAAGUUCCCGAACUGACCGGUUUCAACUGCACCGUUAACCGUCCCUCCAAGAUCAAGGAUGCCGCUUCAGCCCUGUCCAACGGCAUGAUGAGUCUGGUCAACCACUUCAAGUACCAGAGUCUCGCCACCAACAGCGAUCUUUUCAUCCCCGAUACCGAGAACAUCGACACCGUCAACAGCGACGGUACCAGCCAAGCAGGCCAGUUGGGCAAGCAUCUUCAGGAGUGCCGACAGGAGUGGGGUGUUGCCCCCAACUUUGUGCUGGUCGAUUUCUUUGAGAAGGGCCAGGUUCUUGCUGCGACGGACAAGAUGAACGGCGUCUCUGAUGCUACCGGUCGCGAGGCAGUCAAAUCAGACGAGUCCCUGGCCAUUGCCAACGAUAGACAAGUCGGCAUGGUUGCCUUGACAGCCUUUGUCGCUGCCGCCGUACUCUUGGUGUAA